CCUGUGUUUCCCCAGUUCUUCUUCUCGUGUGUGGAGUUAUUGCAAGGAGAUUUAGCUGCACGACCUUUCGACUGUCUUUGUUUCGUUUAAGCCAGGUAAUCUUAAAUAAGCAUUAUGGGAUCCAGUGAGAGCAAGAUGCUUGCAUCUGCACCUAAAAAACCAGAACCAGCCAUCAAAAACAGUCAUGUUAGUCAUCUGAUAGACCCACGCUCUCCUUCAGCAGGCAUUGACCGUACUCCUAUUCAGGUUGGUGGACUUGUGUCCCAAACAUCUGCUGCAGUGAAAAGUGAGUGCCCACUGGCAUUCACCGACCCUCGCUCACCUACCAUUGGCAUUACCCGCACCCCUGUCAGAGAAGUCAUGAGAGCGACAGUUGGGUCAUUUGCUCGCCGUUUGGGCAUGCUUUUCCACAAUGAGAUCGAAGGCAAAGUCCCUGAAGCACCCGAGAAACGCUUCAAGGAUGCUGUGGAAGAGGAAGUGUUCGAGGGUGAGGAGCUGGCUUCCACUGUGCCCCUCCUGACUCCUCAGCCUUCCCACACCUUCAGCUCCCUGGCUGAGCAUGCUGACCUCCUCGCGACUCCUGUGCUGCCCUCCCUCCAGAGUGUGGGUGACUCCAGCCCCUUUGUGCUCCUCGGGGAGCCCCAGGCGGAAGUGGAGAUAGAAACUGAGGCAGAUAUUAGCCUGGAGGAGGCAGAAGAAGCAAGAGAGUCUCCUCUUCACAAGAGACUGAGCAUGAGCCUCAUAACCUGCCAUGAGGGCACAACCUCAUCGCAGAUCUUUGCUGAGGUGCACCGUGAUAGUAUUACUUCUCCUGCACCUAGUGUGGAAGUGGAGCCACUCAGGGAUGGUGUGGAUCACUCUUAUGCUCUUCCUUCUAUCACUGUUGAACCUGAGUCCCCUGCUGAGCCUUCCCCAACCACUGAUCUAGAUGAUUCCCCAGUUCAGACAUCCCCUGCACAGCCAGAGAAAGCAGAGAAACUGUCAUCUUCUGAGGAAACUGAACUUUUUAAAGAAUCUGCUUUGCCUCCUGCAUCGGCUUCAUCAGAGCCACCGACUGUCCCCAGCCCAGAGCAGCCACAGCUCUGCACCGGCAUCCGCUGCCCCACCUUUGACUCAAAGAGUCCCAGUCAGGUGGUGUUCAAGCCGCAGUGGCUGGGAAAAGGCUUUGGUGCCUCUGGGCUAAGAGCCAGAGGACUGCAAGGGCAGAGUGGAAAAGGAGGCUCCUCUCCUCUUGCUGUCCGUGUGGCGGUGAAGAACGCAGCUAAUGAAAAUAAGGGGCAGUCUGGAAAACUGAAGCAGAAAGGCACUGAAGGCCGCUCCCCACUGCAGAUCCUUAAGGAGACCAACUCACCCAGGGACCAACGUUCUCAGAUGAAACUGAAGGUGUCCACCUCAGAUAAGCAGAGGCGUGGACAGAUUGACCGCAGAGUGCUGGCAGUGACUCUGGAUAAGGAGAACAGAUGAUGGACUGCAUCCAUGUGUGCAGAUUCUUGCCGAUUUAUCUCUUGAAAUAUGCUUUUACGUGUACAGUUUUCUUAAGCUGAUUUUGUCUUGUGUGUAUAUAUUACUUUUAACUGUCACUUUGUGCAGUUUUCUACCCUGCUUUGUCCUUUUGUAAAUAUAAAUAAAAUUAUUCAUACCUCA